CAGAGACAUGAAAGUUUUAAUUGUCGGCGGAGGAGUAGCGGGUCUAGCAUUGGCAAACCUGCUAGCACAGCGAGACAUCCCACCGACCGUCAUCGAGAAGUCGGAUGGCUACGGAGCAGAUGCGUGCACUCUCAAUCUUUACAUUUACGCAGCAGCAGUCAUGUGUGACAGUACUGAGUCGGCUACGUACUUGCUUUGUGGCCGUUGGGCACAAAUCAAAUUCUGGGAAUGGGACUACGAGACCAGAUGGAGCAACUCAUAGCUCCAUACGAUCAAUAUGCUGCUUUGACGUCAUCAGGUGAUGAGCUCCAGUCAAUGUCUUUGCAGGUGUUUGCGCCAUAUGGCAUCACUGGCUUGCUGCAGAGAAAAGAACUGAUGCAGGUGUUGACUGAUGGUGCAAAACAACGCGGAAUUGAUAUGAAAUAUAAUUUGAUGGUCGAAAUGAUUGAAGAGUCGGGAGAGAAUGUGACUGUGACGUUUUCGGAUGGAUCCACUGAUGUGUAUGAUUUGGUGGUUGGAGCUGAUGGCAUUCAUUCGACAGUGAGGAGAAUUGUGUUUGGCGAUUUGCCUCUCAACUUUAGUGGUUUUGUUGGUUAUGCUUGGUGGCUUGAUGCGAGCGAUCUGUGUACUGUUGAAGGAAUCAAGGAAUAUUGGGGUGCUGCAAAGUUCUUUGGUGUUUAUCCAAGCAAAGAUGCUGUCUGUGUGUUUUGUGGUUUUCACGGACCAGAGCAAACUCCAGUGCCAGUGGAGGAGAGGAUCGAGCAUGUUGUGAGCACAUUUUCUGAAUUCAAGGGAAUUGUACCCGACAUUUUGACCGGCUUGAAGCUGCGGGGUAAACCGGAAGAAUUAUACUACUGCGACUACAGUGAUAUUAGGAUGGAGCAAUGGCAUAAAGGUAGGGUCGUGCUAAUUGGGGAUGCCUGCCAUGCCUUCUUGCCUUCAGCCGGAAUCGGUGCAUCAAUGGCAUUGGAAUCAGCCACCGUUCUUGCAGAGGAGUUAAGCCGCACUGAUGCCAAACGAGUUCAAAAUGCAUUCCGACUCUACUACAAAAGGCGUAAAACUCGCUGUGACAAAGCACAGACUGACUCUAGACGGCUGUUGAAAAUGAUGUUUCUAUCAAAUCCUAUUCUUACGUGGGCAAGAGAUAAACUGAUCAAAAGCAUUUCUUUUGAGACUCUAAUGGGAGGAAUAAUUAAACUUCACAAAGAACCUAUUUAGCAGUCUAUACCUUUUUGUAGGUUAGUUCUGGAGUAUGACAGAAGUUGCGAGUGAGUUUGUGAGCUAAUUGUCGUGGCUGGUUGUGCAGUCAGUUUGGAGGGAUUUUAGUUUUGUUUGUAUGAUCUCGGACUUCAUUAAUGAGCACACAUCAGAUCU